AUGUUUAGAAGCCAGACCGUGUGGCAUGUCAACUGCUGCAAUCCCGAAACCGAUAACGGCUGGGAUGUCUUCAACGCCAUCCUUGGCUGGCAAAACACCGCCACUUAUGGCUCCGUCAUUGCUUACAACGUCUACUGGGCAUUCCUGGUCUUGACUGUCUCUCUCCUCAUCUACGAGGAGAAGACUGGAUCAUUGCCUCUGAAGAACCAAUUCUUGAGUGCCAUGUCCAAGGUCCCGGGACUUAGAGGAUGGGCUGCAAAGAAGCGUGCGAACCAGAACUCGAAUGUCAACGAGCAUGAAGUCUUCCGACAGGUCCAAGCCGCAGGACUUCUCAGAGAGUAG